AUGUACGGAGUCUACUCAUCCGUAACGCACUACGAUUGGGCAGCAAUCGUUGGCAAAGAGAAACAAGCUUGCAGUUCCCGAAGCUCGUUUCAGAAAGUUAAAGCACUAUCGGUUGAGCCACCGGAAAAACUGGUCCGUCCACCACAGCCAUUGGAACCAGUCAUCAAUAUUCGCCCUGAUACGCCACCGGAAAAUCUAAUCCGUCCUCCACAGCCAAUGGAACCGGUGAUCAAUAUUCGGCCGGAUGUGACAGCUCCAAGGGAUGAUUUCCAAUCAUUUCUUCAACCAUCUGCCACAACCACAACGAUUGCCCAGACAUCUGCGGAAAUAGCGAGAGCAGUUCAAAUUGUGCAGCAGUCAUCAACAUCAAACGUUGUCCAGGAACCAAUACUACGUAUGCCGGAGGAUUUCAUGCUUCAACAGAUCCAGUUGAAGCCGCUGGAAACUACUAGUUCCCUUCCAGGUGAGGAUACCGAUCAAGUUGAAACUGCAACGGACCUAGAUGCACUUAUUAAACAAAAUAUUUUCGAUGCAGUCAAUGAUGCAAUGCGGAGCUAUCUUGACAUACACAUCGAAAACAUAGUAGAACGUGCGGUAACUGCAGCUGUCGAUAGAAGUUUUGCGACUAAUUUUGCUCGUCUAGCAGCCAUGACGGAGGUAUUAAAUAAAACGACAUCCAAAGACGACACAGUUAUCGAGUUACGAUCACCUGUUGAUACUGAGAAGCAUGUUACCGAUUGGAAUGCUGAGUUGACAAAUGAUGCUCUUCAAAUGAAAUAUAUGGAAUUUUUCUCCCGAAUUAUUGUUCCUAAUUCGUACGUGGAAAAAGGAGAUAACGCGUUUUACGUCAUUGCAGAUUGUCUAUUCACUAGACAAUUUUGGAAUCGAUUUACUUGGACAGGUGUGAACAGAGGACAUAAAUCCAAACGAGGCUUCCGUGAAUUUGGAAACGUCACGGAACUGCUUUUAAAACUUAUUCAGAUUGGUGACCCCACAUAUACAAAACAGCAGUUGGAGAAGUGUUAA